AUGGACGUAGAGACCAGCAUUCAAGUAGCCGACUAUGUUGUAUGUGUUGUUGUCUUGUUGAUUCCUAUGGCCAUCGGGAUUUUGUUCGCUGUUAAAGACGCGAAGAAGGCGACCAGAGAGGAAUAUUUGUUUGGAGGAAGACGGAUGUCUGUGGUACCUAUCGCUUUGUCCCUCUUUGCUUCAUACAUGUCAGCCAUCUCUUUAAUUGGCACCACUGCAGACAUGUACACAUACGGAGCCAUGAUAACGCUCUUGUAUGUUGGGUUUUCUGUUAGCUACAUCAUCGGCCUGUUCACCAUUGUGCCUUUGUUCUAUUCCCUACAACUGACAAGUAUCUAUGAGUACUUCAUGUUGAGGUUCCACUCACGUGCAGUGAGGAUGUCAGCAUUGGCCGUUGGUAUGGUGCAGAAUAUCUGCUACAUGGCUGUAGCUCUAUACACUCCAGCUCUAGGGUUACAGACAACAGCGAACAUCCCAUUGUGGAUGUCUAUUGUUAUUGUUGGCAUCAUCGGCACCGUGUACUCAGCUCUGGGUGGUAUCAAGAGCGUUGUCUGGGCGGACGCUUUUCGCUGUUUCGUCAUGUUUGGUGGGGCUCUUCCUAUUAUUAUCAGCGGUCUAAUCACUAACAGAAACCAAAUUCUGCCAUUCUCUGUGAUGCACGCUCUAAAAGACAUGCCUGGGUUGGCUGGUCUUUUUAUGGCCAAACUAUUCAGUGCUUCACUCAGUACUAUCUCAUCAGGUAUGAAUGCUUUAGCAGCCAUCACAGUUGAAGAUGUUUUAAAGAAUUUUCUUGGAGGAUUUCAGGAGAGCAGGAUCACGCUGUUUACCAAGUUGCUUGUCUGUGUGUAUGGUUUAAUAAUAAUAGGACUGGCGUACUUAGCUAAUUCACUACAAGGACCUGUGACACAGUUGGGGGCAUCGAUUUUUGGGGCCUGUGGGGGUCCUAUGUUUGGGGUGUUUAUACUUGGGGCGUGCAUCCCCUGGAGCAACAAGUACGGCGCCUUAGGUGGAGGUUUGACCCACAACGUUGUUCAAAUUAUAAGAAUUGGCAACCAGUAA